ACCCACCAUUCACUUCUCCCUUUAGUCCCAUACAUCUGCACCUCCAAGCAGGUCAAGUCUCCCAAGAACUGUAAUUAUUUUACUAGUUCCUGAUAAAAAUUCGCCCCCCCUUCGUCGAGGUCACCCCAUCAAAACCAAAUCCCGUCACAACAUGGACUACACUAAACUGUCAAAAGACGACCUGGAGAAAGAAGAACGACGAUUGAGGGACCUGGCUGAACCCAUAUAUGCAUCAUUUAGGGAGGAUAAACGUAGAAUAAGAGAAGAAUUCAAACAACGAAUUGCAGAACGUACCGCUACAUAUAUAAAUGAUCGAAGUCUAUUCAAUACACAACUAAAUUUGAUUGACCAGGAGUGGAAGAACCGCAAAGAACUAGCUGCUUCUGCAAAAACUGCUGAGCCUCAAAGGAAAAAACACAAGCAAGCAAGCCAAGGACCAACAGGGGAACAACAACCCCCUCCUGAUGUGUGUGUCAACCCUGAACCACAAAUAGGAACCCAGUCGACCCAAGCAGCAACAGGUGGUGGAAGUACCAUUACCGGGGUUACGUCUGUCGCUAUCGGUGGUGGGCCUGGUCCAUCCGUGUCCACAAUUAAUUUAAGUCAAAUGGAGCCCCACAUGCGAAAGAGGUCCGCAUCGGUGGACAGUGAUUCUGGAGGAAGUCCAUGGACUUUCGAAAAGGGGACAGGACUGUCGCCCCCAUCCCCUCAGGAGGGUAAAAUCCUAGACGAGCUGCCACCCCCAAAAUGUCUGAGUCCCUUGACACGCCACCACCUCCUGAAGAAACCAAACCCGCGGACGACGAUAAUUCCCCGCUUGCCUUCCCAUUAGUUACUUAGAGCCGGAAAUGAGUCAACUCCAACCUUUUAGAUUGUACUGGAAAUUUGAAUUUUGUGCCACCUCGUUUUUUGCAUUGUAAAUAUGUACAUACAUUAAUAUUCCUUUCAUUCUUGUCUGAAGAACAACCUCUUUUGGUUCUUAAUUCGUCAGAAGAGACAUUCAUUUAUUUUUAGAGGGAUUUAUAUCCAUGUCCUUUUGCUUCGUGUUCACGUUUGUGUGAAGAAUUCUCUUUUAUCGCACUAGUUCUUCUACAUAUGAGCAUGUGUAUUUGUGGCAAAUAUAGUGGUUCAUUAGAAUUUAAAAUUCCCUACCUUGUAAUG